AUGGACCCGUUUCUAUAUUUGCCAGCCUCCGCUAACAUGAAAUCUCGCAGGCCAUUGAAGAAAGGGAAGAAGGCGUGCACGGAAUGCCGUCAGCAGAAGGCAAAAUGUGACGUGUAUUUAAGUCCGGGUGAGCCGUGCACUCGAUGCCGCAAAGUCAAGACGGAAUGCAUAGUGUCAGACCCAUUCAAAAGAGAGCACAAGCGCAGACGUCUUUCUGAUCUGCAGCGAGAGUCCGAAGAGUUGCGGCGAAAGCUCCGAGCAUCACAGCCUGCAGAUUCACACCCGUCACCCAUUGCUCUUUUAACAGCCGCGGCAGAGUUGGGUAGUCGUCCGGAUCCACAAGGCGCCUCUUAUCCUUCCUCACAAGCCACGGCUAAUGUAUACCCACCACAGCUUCUAGCUCCAAGUAGUCUGGGGUCUGGGACCCCGGCACCGGCAUUCGACAAUGAUGCUACCCUGCCUAGAACAUUGAAUGGCAUUGAGCUCACGAGUCAAGAGAUUGACGAUCUAUUCCAGUUGUUCUUCCGCCACUAUGCCCAAUUCCUCCCCAUUCUGGACCCCCACACCCGGCCGAAUGCCUAUUAUGCCCAAUCCCCCUUCCUCUUCUGGGCUAUCAUUGGUGUUUCAUGUCGGGUCUAUCCACAAAAUCCAACCCUGUUGAUGGCGUUGGCGCGCAGUAUUAUUGAGAUGGCUUUCCUGUCUGCCCUGUCAUCGUCACCAGCAUGGCAUACAAUCCAGGCUUUCUUGGUGAUUUUACAGUGGCCGUUCCCAAAGGGGGGUCAUCCCGAUGUGAAUUUCACCAUCGGAGGAAUGAUGUUACAUAUAGCCAUGCAGAAUGGCUUGCAUAUCCCGAUGGCAAGCCACGAAUUUUCACAUCGCCCAAGGAUGCCGGUCCCAUCUGAAGCUGACUUGGUUCGUCGGUCGGAAUUGUGGGCACUGUGUGUGAUUGUUUAUCACCGGGUCUGCUUGCAAAAGGGGCAAUUUCCUCGAAUCAAUCCGGCGCAAGAUCCACCACAGCGCCAAGCGAUUCUCGAUAAAAUUGCGCCGUGGCUGGCGCUGAAGCUCCGCUGUCAGGGAGUCGUUGGUCGUUGUAGUGAGGCAGUAAUGGAGAAUGGAGUUCAAGCCAUGACCCUGGAGCAGGAGCAAUCCCUCGAUAUCGUUCUCCGUACAUACGAAGGCCAAAUAGAUGAUCUUGAGCUCCAAGCAGUCACCAAUGACGAAAGAUUUGACGUCUUCCUUAGCCGCAUGGCUAUCCAAGGCUUUCAUUUCUACAAGAUCCAAACACGGAUCUCCAGCGCAUGCUUCCCGCGUGUCCUUGUCACAGCAUGUAACCUAAUCGACUACAUCCAAUCCCUGACCGACCGAGUCAGCAGUGUUGCAAUGGCACCAGCACAAAUGCAGUUCGCACUAUUACUAGCCUCAACCGCCUUGCUAAGAAUACUCAAAAGCCCCUCCGCCUCCCACGGUCUAGAAACAAUCCGCGCGCGAUCCUCCCUCUUCACGGCCAUUAACCUCGCCAAACAAAUGUCUAUCGAUAGCGCCGACCUUCCGGCUAAAACAGUGACCAUCAUCAACUCUCUCUGGAAUAGCACCAAGGCAUUCCGCAGACCGGACGGAUCUGAAUUCACCUCUCUGCGUAUCCGCGGCCGGUUGGUACUGAGUCCUGUGAUCGAUGCUAUCUGGUGGUGGCGAGAUGAAUAUGAUCCGCCUGCGAGAUUCAGAUCUGUGGUUGAACCUGCUGGGGGAAGUGCAUACGGUCAAUCCCGAUCGUAUAAUGUGCCAGAAACAAGGGCCGAUACGAACCUGCAAGAUGUGCCUAGUGGUCUCAGCCAAGAUGCGUGGCUUCUAGAUGAGCAGUUCCUUGGGGAUUUCGAGUGGGCUUUGACGGAUGACGCCUUGUUCUCUUUGGAUCCGCUGCCCAAUUAUUGGCCUUCGGCAAAUAAUAUGUUAUAG